AGAAGUGAUAUUUCAGGAAUCUUAAGAGAUCCACAAACGUGUGGAGAGGGAGAAGAGGAGCACAUGAAGCAACCAGAAAAAAACGACACACAAAUGAAGACAAGAAGGAGCGACAGACAGAGAUGUAGCCGUUACUUCAGCCGAGCAGAGAGCUGCCAUGCUGCGAGCCACGAAUCCUCCACCUGUGGCCAGGAUAUGAGAUCGAUGGUGUGACAACAAAAGCUGUUAUCAAGCAACAGCCAUUGCAUAGUCCCUGUUCUGCCACUGCUAUCAAAGUUACACAUAAAAACACUCUGUAACAGAGUCCUUGUUGCAGAAGAACGCUGUCAACGGUAUAGAUGCUCACUACUGAACUUUUUCUUGAAGGAAUGGCAAGGAAGCAAUACUGAAAAAACUUCACAAACGUUUCUGGUCAAAUGAUUCUUUCCUCAUAAACCUCCCCUUAUCUGAAUCUGGUCCUGUGACCUGUGAGGAUUAUGAGGCCGACUUCAGCAUUUCUGCAGACACAGUGUCUCCUGUGUGUGUUUGUUGGUGUAUGCGUGCCGGCUGUUGUUGUAGGAUCACUACCUCACGCACUGCCCUGGCAUGUCUCUUGCCCGGUCCGGUGUGUGUGUCAGAUCAAGCCUUGGUUCUCCCCUGAUUCUGUCUACCAUGAAGCACCCACUGUGGACUGCAACGACCUGCUGUUGACCAGACUUCCUCAGCCCAUACCCCUUGACACGCACACCCUACGCCUGCAGAGUAACCUUCUGUCUGAGAUAGACACUGCCGUGCUGCAUGGACUACCCAACCUCACCGACCUUGACCUUUCUCAGAAUCGCUUCAGCCGCGUUAGGUCAAUAUCAAAGAGCCCCUCCCUGCCUUCUCUGUUGUCCCUACAUCUGGAGGAAAACCAUCUCAGUCACCUCCCUGACGCCUCCUUCUCCUCACUGCCAAACUUGCAGGAACUCUUUCUCAGCCAUAACAACUUACACUCAAUAGCACCUGGAGCAUUUGCAGGACUCGACUCCCUGCUGCGACUGCAUAUCAAUAACAACAGACUCACCACAGUUGACCCUCGGUGGUUCAAGGCUUUGCCUCGUUUGGAAGUUCUGAUGCUUGGGGGGAACCCUGUAGAGGCUCUGCCUGAACAAGGCUUCCAGGCCCUGAAAUCCCUUCGCAGUCUUGUCCUUGGCGGCAUGGGACUAAGAGGUUUGGCAGAAAAGGCUCUUGAAGGGUUAGAGGGCCUAGAGAGCCUCUCUUUCUAUGAUAACAAGCUUACUAAAGUCCCCACUCAGGCUCUAAGGAGAGUGCCAGGACUGAAGUUCCUUGAUCUCAACAAAAACCGCAUCAAGCUGAUUGAGACGGGAGACUUCAGAGACAUGGUCCACCUGAAGGAGCUUGGAUUGAACAACAUGGAAGAACUGGUGUCCAUAGAGAGAGGAGCUCUAGACAACCUUCCAGAGCUCACCAAACUCGAGAUCACCAACAACCCACGGUUGUCCUACAUACAUCCACAAGCUUUCCUCCAGCUGGGCAGGCUGGAGAGUCUCAUGCUCAACUCCAACUCUCUCAGUGCUCUGCACCAGCAUGUUGUGCUCUCACUGCCAAGUCUUCAGGAGGUCAGCUUACACUCAAACCCACUGCGAUGUGACUGCCUUUUCCACUGGGCCGCUGAAGAAACCUCUCACCCUCCCACUGAAGAAACACAAACACCUCGGAUGGUGCGUUUCAUCCAACCUCAGGCCACGCUGUGCUCUGAGCCUCCAGAGCUGAGAGCUCGCAGGGUUAGAGAGGUCUCCUCCAGGGAGAUGUCGGCCUCAUGCCUCCCUGUGAUCCCUACCAGCUCCCUCCCCUCGUAUGUUGGGGUAAGAGAGGGAGGAAAGUUGGUCUUGCACUGCCGGGCUCUUGCAGAUCCUCAGCCUGAACUGUACUGGGUAACUCCCUCUGGGCUCAGACUUGGUCCUGUACCAAGUAGUUUAUCUAAAGGCUCACCAGCUCCAAAUACCUGCCACAGCAUGACAGUUUCUGAGGGAUUCAACCAGAAAAAUGCCCCUGGCGUCUCUCCUGGCUACACUCAGAAUGAUACUCCCUGUAACUCCUCCAAACACUACCGGCUACUGCCCGAGGGGACUCUGGAGAUGAACAAGGUGACUCUCAGCGAGGCAGGGUUGUAUACCUGUGUAGCUGAGAAUGCACUGGGUGCUGAUACACGAAGUGUUACUGUGGGUGUUCAUAGCAGGGAAAAGAAAAGAAAGAAGGGAGUGGCUAUGAGUUUGAAGGGAUAUCAGACACUUGGAGUAGAUGCAAGGUUAGAGGUGAGAGAGGUUGGGGAACACUAUGCUAUCCUCUCCUGGCAUAGUGGGCACAGCCUCCCUUCAACCCGUCUCUCCUGGCAAGCCAUAUAUUCAAAUGCACACACCCCCACGUAUACCACACGUGUCCUGGCGGGUACACAGAGCUUCAACCUGACUCACCUGCAGGCAGAAACAUUUUACAGAGUGUGUCUACAUUUAGGGACCAGUGAGGGGAGCAAGCAUGGCAGCAGGAGAUCAAGUGAGAGCAGAAAGCCUCAGUGUAUUUCAUUCAGAACAAAAGAUGUACCAGAGCCUCAGCCCAGCCUGCAGAUAAGCUCUGAGCUGACCUCCACAGCAGUCACACUGCUGAUCCUCGCACUCAUACUGAUGCUGUUGGCAGGCCAGGGCUGGGACACGGAGCCUGGCGAGGGGGGAGGAAAGCACCACAUCACUAUCCUCCAAGAAAUCAAAAGUCCCAAGGCUCUAAUCAUCAAUCAAAAACCAGAAGGGAGCUAUGAAAAUCAGUCCAAACAGAGUGAAAAGCUUCUAUUAUAUCAGGGCUGCUGAGAUUAUUCUUUGUGCAGUUUAAAACAUACACAUAAAUACUCAGACACAUCCAAAUGUGAAAAAAACAUACUUUGUGAAUCACAGCUAGAAGAGAGGAGUCAUAGCUCAGAGCAAUGGUGUAGAAAAAGAUUUGUAUUUAUUUUAUAUACCAUAUAAAGUAUAUAUUGACAUUGUUUCUGUGUAAAGAUGUAUUGUACAGAAUGCCUAAACUCUAUACAGGGAAAUAAAACUGGACAAUCACUUUCCUGCAUCACAGUGAGUAAACACAGGAGAGACAAAUGAAUCCGAGCUGCCCAUGGCCACUGAGCUGGAACUAAAGAAAACCUGCUUUAAAACAGGGACUGAUACUCGCAGAGGACAGCGGCUCACACCUCCAGGGUAUUUUUCAUCUUUCCUGUCUAAACAGGACACUGACUUUAUCCAGGCAGAUGUAACUCUGCCUUGAGACUGAAUGAAGUUUCCGCAUUGAUGUUAACAACCUUUUUGCUUAGCUUUCAGUAUAUUGGACUGGGUUGUCAAUCUUGCACAACAUAUACAGCAUAUUCAUCCAGAUUCCCUGCCUAAAGUCCCCACAUCCUA